AUGCAUUCAUUAACGAAAAAGUCACCAAAAUUGCCGUCUUCACCUAUAAAAUCCGAGCACGGGAUAUUUAAUGCAAUCUUACGUGGGUAUGUCGAUUUUACAAGCGAUCCAUGGCCUACGAUAUCUUCUCAAGCUAAAGAUCUAGUUAGGAAGAUGUUAAAUUCAGAUCCUAAGCUACGGAUAACCGCACAACAAGUGCUUUCUCACCCGUGGAUAAAAGAAGACGGCGAAGCACCCGAUACACCACUUGACAAUGCUGUUAUGGGAAGGCUAAAACAAUUUAGAGCGAUGAACAAGUUCAAAAAAGUUGCUCUCCGGGUUAUCGCAGGAUGCCUCUCGGAGGAAGAAAUUAUGGGAUUGAAGGAAAUGUUCAAAGGAAUUGAUACUGAUAAUAGUGGAACGAUAACGGUUGAGGAGCUAAAAGAAGGGCUUUCCAAGCAAGGGACAAAACUAACCGAGAAAGAAGUUAAACAAUUGAUGGAAGCUGCGGAUGCAGACGGGAAUGGAACCAUAGACUACGAAGAGUUCAUAACCGCAACAAUGCAUAUGAAUAGAAUGGAUAGAGAAGAACAUCUCUACACUGCAUUCCAGUACUUUGAUAAAGACAAUAGUGGGUACAUAACUAUAGAAGAAAUGGAGCAAGCUAUACGCGAAUAUGGUAUGAAUGAUGGAAGGGAUAUAAAAGAGAUAGUAUCCGAGAUAGACACGGAUCAUGAUGGUCGGAUAAACUACGACGAAUUUGUGGCAAUGAUGAGAAAAGGGAACAGAGAAACAAGUAUACAUCCAAAGAGAAGAAGAGAUUCUUAUGUUCCAAAUAUAUAG